GCGCCAGCGCGCAGGAGGAGGCGCGCGUGACGCUCCGCAGGGCUGGGAGAGGACGCCAGGCUCCACCUGAUGCCGGCCAGCGGACGCAGUUUCAGAUGAGCUAUGUUGCCCAGCAUCUGGUCGGUCGUCCUCCUGGCGGUGACGACAGUGAAACAUGCAUCAGCACAACAGUUCUCGGACGUCGGGUUCAGCUGCCAGGGCCGGGUGGGCGGCUACUACGCCGACCUGGCCGCCGACUGCCGCUCCUACCACCUGUGCGACCCGGCCGGGCGCGCGUUCGACUUCGCCUGCCCGCCGGCCACGCGCUUCCACCAGCAGUUCCUGGUGUGCGACCACACCUUCCGGGUCGACUGUCCGCGCUCGCCCCGCUUCUUCGCGCUGAACGAGCUAAUCGGUCAGGUGCCGGCCAGGCCAGAGUCGGAGCAGCAGAAGCGUGCGGCUAAGAAGGACGCAGUCGAGCCGCCGAGGUUCGGACCGACAUCAAACGCGCUGGGCCCGCGGCGGCCAGAGAGCGACGCAGGGCGAGCGCUGCUCAGUCUGGCCAAGCUCAGCACCCAGCUGACGCGCCAUCAGCCGCCGUCUCCGAGCGCCGGCGACCAGCCGACCUCGCGGGCACAACGGAAACGGUCCCGGCCGCCCGCCAGCAAUGGCGGCAACCGCCAACAGGUGUCGUCACUAGUGCCGUCCAUUAUCUCACAGGUGGCAGCACUGGGCGCGCGCAGGGACCCGAUCCCGCAGCGUCCGGAUGUCAGGACUUUCUUCCCGGCCCAGUCCGAGCUCACCGACCCCGCCAUCCGUCCGAGGAAUCGCCUGCGUCUGCAGCGUCUCACCAAGAGCCUGCAGGGCGGCCCCCGGCCCUCGCAGAAGACGGCGCUCCUCAAAGCCCCGGCCAACACGCUGUCGUCAGCGGGUCAGCUGCGGCCAGGCCGGCACGCUCGCAGACAGUGGGCUAGCGGACUGGAGGGCUAG